UUGAUUAAAAACAAUCCAAACCAUCCUGUAAUAAUCUAAUAUGGGUGGUUUAGUUUCUAUGCUUUCGCGUGCAAAGUGGACCGGUUGUUUCGUUAUGUAGCGACAAUGUGUUUAUUGGCAAAACCGAAGCAGGUAGUAUAAGAGAGGGGGGUAACGAAAUGGGAGUGGCGGCGGCAACAACUCCAGCAGCCAGUGAGCGGAAGAUUUGUAAUCUGUCACAGAGCUGCGGAGCCGCUGGCUUCCUCAAAGGAGCCACCGACAAAGAGAGAGUCAGCGAGGCGACACGCAGGGGAAGGUCCCGGGCUGACUUUCCUCGCCUCUCCACGAUGCUCGCCCGGCGUCAGCGCCGCCUUUUUAACGCAAAUCCAGUCUGAAUUUACCUCAUCCCAACCGGGAGGACAGUUCAAUUUUUACAACCUCAGUUUUAGACGCCGAGACUGCUCCUGAAGGACGAAUGACUCCACCGGCUCCCCUCCUGAUUUCAUUCUGCUAAAAGCUCUUGGGCGGGAGGCGACAACAGCUUCUUCAUGGCGUCCCCGCAACAGUCAAGAAUUCAGUCUUAUCUGGAGAGGAAUAAAAUCGGACCCCUGUUUGAGGAGUUGAUGACCAAGCUGAUAACUGAGACUCCAGACCAUCCAAUCCCAUUUCUUAUUGAUCACCUGCAGACCAAGCAAGACAGCCCAGGCAAACUGCACAGAGCUUUCUCUGGGUCAGCAGCUCUGUGGGCACAGAGUUCCCCAGAAAACAAAAACACUCGAAGAGAAUACAGCAACUUUGAGAAGCCAUGGCAGAUUACUCCAAAGAAACCAAAAAAGUCAAAGAGUGACCUGGCUGUUUCAAGCAUCUCUCCACCUUCACCAGAAUCCAAAUCUUUGCCGCGAUCAGUGGAGUACCCGUCCUGGGACUGGAGGGAGAGCCGGGACUUUGAUGAGCUCAGCCACAUCUUGCAGGAGAGCAAAAAGCUUGGCAAAGCCCUGGAGAGCCUGUCACGAAGCAUUGCCAUCUCUGAUGAGCUUGACCAGCAUUUUUUGGGGUACAACGCAGUUCUGCGUCCCCGGGUUGUGGGCGAGUGGGUCGGCCGCGAGGACAACGACGCUGACCCGCUGGCUGCUGAGAUGCUGCACCCUCCCAUCCCCCGAGCUAAAACCGAAGUGUGCGGGAGCGGAGAGAACAGCCCUGUUCGAAGCUUGAAGAUGGAAACAAAAAGCAAAGGGCUAAAAGAGCAGCAGCAACAUCACAAGAAGCUCUUGGCAGCCAUGUUGUCCCAGGACUCCUUUGAUUCGGUCAACAGUCCCGCUUCCUCUGUCGUAGAAGAAGAGAUUGAGGACGAAGAUGAUGCCAUGGAACUUCUGGAGGAUCUAGAUGACCUGCGGAUGGAGGGCGUAAUGGGGCUGGCCUCGUCCGGCAGUAAGUUCAGCCAGGGACGCAGCUCCUAUCAGUCUGAGCCACAGGCUAAAGUUACUCUCAACAUCUGCUCUAGGUGUGCAAGGCUGCAGGGAGACACACUAUCAGACAGCCGAUCUGAAGAGGAUCACAGGCCUCGCAUAUCUGAGCAAGCUGUGCCUGACAUCUCUUCGCCAAUGCCCGGGGUGGACACUGUGGCAGGUCGACUUCAGGAAUGUGAGGCCUUAUCUCAAGUAACAGGCUCUCAUCAGGCUGUCUGGGAGGCUGAUCUGAAGUCUGCGAGAGGUGGGAGUUCUGUUGGGCAGACGGGGCUGCUGCUUGGUGACUCCCUCUUUUCCAAAGAGCUGGAGAACAUGGGCAAACAGCUUGCUGAGGUUGAGAAAGACCUGGCCAAACUGGCAGAAGUAGGAAAGAUGACCAGUCGGAGCACCAACAAUCCACAUGGAAGUCUACUCCACACCCCACUACGGCACCGAACGCUACCAGACACUCUUCCUCUCACUAGCCUCAUCUCCAGGCCUCAGUCUCCAGCCGGUGGCCUCUCAGGCAAGUCCUGUGGUAUCGGCCUCCCCUUGCUAAGCCCCAAGCCCACCUCCCUAUCCAUGUCCAUGUCAAUGGGCAGGACCCCCAGCAACCCCAGUAGCAGAACUCAAACCCCCAGAACACCCAGCAGACCCCUGACCCCGAACAGCCUAUUGACUCGCUCCUCCUUUAACCCCGGCACUCAUAAAGAAGUAACAUUCCGGAGGUCAAGGAGCCGACCUGUGACACCUACAAGUCAGCCGCCACUUCCUCGACCACUGCUCACCCCUCCGGGAUUAAGUACCACAGACAGCCUUGGUGCCAGCCUUCGGGCGUAUCUGUCUGAGGAUGAGUUUUACCAGCAGCUUCAGGCCAUCAGACAGCCCUGGCAUGUUCCCAGUGACACAGACAGUGACAUCAUGGAGCCUCCUGAACAGGAUAAAAGUAGUUCACGGGAUACCAACAAAAGAUCCGUGUUUUCAGGCCUAUAGUGAUGAAAACCAGAAGACUUGAUCCAAUCAAACAGUUAUGCAAAACACUGGAUAUUUUGAAUAACAGUUCAAAGAUAAUUAUUUUUGUAAAGCAUAUGAAUGAAUAUAACAAAAAAGAUUGUAUACUUUUUUCACCCUGUUUCAUAAACAUUGUACUGUAACUGAAUGAUCAACAAAGAAAAUCUUACUUGAAACUAAGAGAAAUGCUGUUUAUUUUUGUUUGCAUUGAAGCAUGAUAUUGAACUUGUGUAUAGAGACCAGUAACAAGAAGCAUUUCGUUCCUAAAGGACUCCUUUUCUAGACCUAGUGCAGAUUUACACUAUCAGGACAGCACACCCAUUUAAUGAACGUGUUUAUCGACAUGGACUGUUAAAAGAAUUUGUGCUUUUCAGAUAGAAAAAAAAACAAGUUGUUGAAUGGAAUACAUGGAAUGCUGUUAAAUUAAUUAAACUGUUUUAGUUCACUUUUGUUUUUGUCCCUAAUACUUUGUUUUUCCUACAUUCCAUUUUCCUAUAAUUUCCACUUCUGUUUAAAAUAGGUUUAAAAAACGUGCGGCUGUUUUAAACAACCUGUAUUUAACUGAAUAAGGUAUGAAGGGGACUUACCAUAAUUUCUGGACAAGCGCACCUGAAAAUAGGGCGCACCCACUAACUACAACAAAGAGAAUAAAGUUUUACCUGUAGUGGUUGCACUUGUCUGGAAGCUACAGAUGUUGGAGUUACAACAUCAGAUAACAUAAGAAUUUUUAUUUUAAUGAAAUGUUUACACCAAUACGUGCCGUAAAUGCGUUUCAUGCCUGUAACUAUGUUUUCAGAGUAUAUUACCAACUUCUUAUCACAUCACAUGGAGGAAUUUUUCCAGUUUUCAAAACUUUGGCUGAAGUUCCAUUUGUAAUUCCAAUUUUCUGUAAAGCAAUAUAUUAUGGUUUCAUCCUAUAGAUUCACAUCAAAACAGCCAUGAGAAGAAGUCUGUCCAAGGUAAAGGUCCAAAAUGACAUGACAAUAGUUGUUGAAAUUUUAUUCUCUCUGCUUGUUUAGAAGACGUGACAGUAUUUAUUAAACAAAAUCCAUCAAAUGUAA